AUGGCGUUAUUCCUGUUGUUCGAGUCGUCGUCAGGCUACGGCCUGUUUGAAGUCAAGGCGCUGGACGAGCUGGCGCAGAGCUCAGACGCCGUGCAGGCGUCCGUGGCGGAUCUGACUCGCUUCAGCCAGGUCGUCAACCUCUCCGCAUUCAAACCCUUCAGCUCAGCGGCAGAUGCGCUCGAACAAUGCAACGCCGUCUCUGAAGGGCUGCUGACCCCGGAGCUGCAGAGCUUUCUGGAGAUGAAUCUGCCCAAGGCGAAGGUCAAAGCGGGCAAGAAGCCGUCGUACCAGCUGGGCGUGUCGGAGUCGAAGCUCGGCUCCGCCAUUCAGGAGGCGGCGGGCGUGCCGUGCGUCAGCAACGACCUCGUCAUGGAGCUCAUGCGCGGCGUGCGCCUGCACUUCGCGCGGUUCGUGAAGGAGCUGAAGGAGGGCGACGUGGCGAAGGCGGCGCUGGGGUUGGGGCACAGCUACAGCCGCAGCAAGGUGAAGUUCAACGUGAAUCGCGUCGACAACAUGAUCAUCCAGGCCAUCUCGCUGCUCGACACGCUCGACAAAGACGUCAACACCUUCUGCAUGCGCGUCAGGGAGUGGUACUCAUGGCAUUUCCCCGAGCUCGCGCGCAUCGUCACGGACAACUACACGUACGCGCGCGUGGCGCGGCGCGUGAGGGACAAGGCGACGCUGACGGAGGAGGCAUUGGCGGAGUUGACGGAGAUCAUCGGCGACGAGGACAAGGCCAAGGAGGUGCUCGACGCCGCCAAGGCCAGCAUGGGGCAGGACAUCUCACCAAUCGAUCUGAUCAACAUAGAGGCGUUUGCGUCACGCGUGGUGGCGCUGGUGGAGUACCGGCGGUCGCUGCACUCGUACCUGACGGCGAAGAUGGCGGACGUGGCGCCGAACCUGGCGGCGCUGAUCGGCGAGAUGGUGGGCGCGCGCCUCAUCUCGCACGCGGGCAGCCUCACGAACCUCGCCAAGUACCCCGCCAGCACCGUGCAGAUCCUCGGCGCUGAGAAGGCCCUCUUCAGGGCGCUGAAGACGAAGGGCAACACGCCCAAGUACGGGCUCAUCUUCCACUCGUCGUUCAUCGGGCGCGCGUCCGCCAAGAACAAGGGGCGCAUCAGCCGCUACCUCGCCAACAAGUGCUCCAUGGCCUCGCGCAUCGACUGCUUCUCAGAGGCGAGCACGAGUGUGUUUGGGGAGAAGCUGAAGCAGCAGGUGGAGGACCGGCUGGAGUUCUACGACAAGGGAGUGGCGCCCAAGCGCAACCUGGAUGUCAUGAAGGCCGCCAUCUCCGCCGCCAAGGCCGAGGCGCAGGCCGAUGCCGAUGUCGGCUCCAAGCGCCCUGCAGAAGGUGAGGCAGCAGCAGGUGGGGCGGCAGAGGGGACACCAAAGAAGAAGAAGAAGAAGGCAGCGGCAGAGCGUGACCCUGUCACCCUUCUCCCUCCGUUCCCGGCCCCUCCAGGCGACUUCUACCCGCAGCGACCCGCCACCACCACUGGCGCGCCCACUGCCGGCGGAGCCGCCGAGCCCCGCACCUGGAUCAGUGCGGCGUGCGCGUGGGCGGCGCCGUUCGCCCUGGGCGCCGUGCUGGGAGCGGUGGCGUGCUCGCUGCUGCUGCUGCCCCUCGCGCUCGCGCCGCUGGACGCGCAGGGCGGGGACGAGGGGCUCCUGCUGCAAUCACAUGCGGACACGUGGCGGGAGGGGCAGGAGGCGUGGCAGGGGGGAGCGGCAGCAUCGUUGGACCAACCUGUGGUGCCUCACCCGCGCGCCUCUGCUACGAGCGGCGCACUGCCCUUGGCGCCCCUCGCUGCGCUUGUCCCCGGCAGUGCACGUGCCAGUGGUGGUGUGGCGGGUGAGAGCGAUGGUGACACGGACGCAGCAGAGGCGUGGGCGGGUGAUGCGGGCAUGCGUGAUCUGCAAGGCAGGCACCCAGCAGUGCGGGCGCUGGUGGAGGCGAACGGGCAGGUGAUGCGGCAGCAGCAGCAGGCGGUGGCGCUGGCAGAGGAGGACGAGAGGGGCAUGCGCGCCGUGCUCACCGCCGCCCUGCAGGUGAUGCGCUGCCAGGGGGAGGCAGAGCAACGGGAUGGCUUUUCAACGGCGGACUUCUCGUCCCUGGUCAGCGAGGCACAGGCGGCUGGACGCGUGGGGCGCAUGGGGCAUGGUGCAGCAGGGGCGAGCGCUGGAGAGGGGCAGGGGGAGGGUGCAGUGGAGGGGGAGAUUUGGGGCGGUGGGAGGGAGAGCGUGAGGCGGUGCAUGGUGCUGCAGUGUGCGGUGGAGGCACAGCAGCGGGCAGUCGCUGCAGCCCAUCUGACAUCCCUUGUCACAUGCCAGGUUCUUCCCCAAUCGCCAUUCUUCCCUUCCCAUACCCUCCUGCAUCAUGCUACCCCCGUGCCCACAUGCCUCCCCCCCCCCACACCCCUGCCAGCGCACGUGGAAUCCUUCCAGCGCCUGCUGCUCUCCCUGCGCCCGCUCGCCUCGCUCUUCUCGCUGCCCCUCGCCGCCCUCCUCUCCCCCAACGCCACGCACCCACUCGCCCUUCGCCUGCAAUCCCUCAUCGACGCCACGUCAGCGCGCCUCCAAGCCGCCUCUGCCAGCCUGGCGGCGGCCCAGUCGGCCUUGGAGUUGUCUGAGCGGCGGCUGUGGGUGCGGUGUGGCGUGCAGGCAGGGGGCAUGGAGUGGGAGGAGCGGCACGACGGCGAGCUGCAGCGGUACAGAGCGGUGGCGGGGGCAGCGUUUGACAAGUGGUGUGUGCCGUGGGAAGAGGCUCGCCCCGCUCACCGCCUCACUGCUGCCCUCACUGCCCCGCCCCACCUCUGGUGGCGGGGUGGCUUGUGGGAUGGCGAACGAGGAGCAGCUGGGACGGAGGCUGCUGCUGCAAGUGAGGGAGGAGGGGGGGUUAAUGCAGGCGGUGCAGCAGGCGAGGGGGAGAGGGAUGCUCCCGAGAUCUCCUUUCUGCUGCUGGCAGAUCCAGGAGCAGCACAGCCCGCAUCAGCGGGGGCAGCAGUGGCGCCACUGCAGGUGGUGAAGCGCCUUCAUGCCUGCGCCUCCACACUGCCUCGCAUGCCCCCAGCAGCAGCAGCAGCGGCAGGAGCAACAUCACCACCCAAACCCACCCUUGAUGCUGAAACUUCUCCUUCCGCUCCUCACAUGGGUCCUCCCCUGGCGGAGCUGCUGCUGCUGCUCUCGCCUGUCAGCACCCAAGCAGGGCAGCAGGGCGACGGGCAGGGCGAGGGGCCGCCAAGCGACGAGCAAUGGGGCGAGGGUUCGCAGGCAGGUGGGGUGGAGGCGUGGCAAGAGGCGGGUCGCAGCAUUGACCCGCAGCACAUGCUCGUGCUGCCGCUCGUGGCGCCUCAUGCUCAUGGUGCUGCCGUGCAGGUGAGCGGCGCAGAGGGUGGUGGCAGCGAGGCGGCAGAGGAUGGUGGUGCGCGUGCAGCGGGGAUGGCGCCGAUGUCGGAGUGGGAGGGGUUCGACCUGCUGGCCCGCGCUGCCACUGGCCGCCUGCUGCUCCUGCUGACGUGGCGAGACCUGUCAGCUGUGAUGCAUGGGGAGGGCGAGGAGGGGUGCAAGUGGCUGGAGCAGCUGACUGCAGGGAUGGCAGAGGAUGGGCGCUUGGGAGUGGUGGGCGUGCGGACAAGCACAGUGGAGAGGGGCGUGGGGAGGGCAGAGGAGGAGGGAGAGGGCAGGCAAGGAGAAUGGGAGGGCAGGCAAGGAGAAUGGGAGGGCAGGCAAGGAGAAUGGGAGGGCAGGCAAGGAGAAUGGGAGGGGGAGGUGGGUGGUGGGGCAGUGCUGGCAGCAAUGGUGCAGUGGGCUGCGGUGGGCAAGGAGGAGAGGGAGGGGGGGGGCGUGAGUGAGAGUGGUGAUGCAGGGGGCAGAGAGGUGGCAGGGAGGCGCCUCACAGGCUACGUGGACGGCACUCCCCUGCUUGUGCGCCGCCACGCCCUCAUGACACUUGGCGGGCUGGGAUUGGCUCCCGGAGCACCAGCUGCAGGCCCGGCAGCAGCAGUGGCGGGUUGGGCUCUGUGCACACGCAUGUGGCUGGCUGGAUUCAAGGUGAGGGCAAUGCGCGCUUUCAGGGGACACACUUUGGGGCCUUUUGGAUGA